AUGGUGCUGAAGGGGUCACUGGGGGUCGAGGGGUUAGUGAUACGACCGAAGAGGGGUUGGCGAUAUCUGGUGGACUGGUCAUAUCACACGCAAUCUGUGUCGAGCUGCAUCGGGAUGCAGGCGCUGCUGUGUCUGGCGCUAUGCUGCGCUACAGUCCACGCUGCCAGCAUACUGGCUGUGCUGCCCACCAACACAAAGAGCCAUCACGUCAUGUACGGCAGGAUCAUACAAGCUCUGGCCACCAAUGGACAUAAUAUAACUGUGAUCACGCAUUUCCCUAUGAAAAAUCCGCCGCCAAACGUGGAAGAGAUCAACCUAGCCGGCACGAUUCCAGAUUUAGCCAACAACCUGACAAAACAGCAGUCGACCUUCAAACCGGACACUAUAAGGAAUUUGGAGAAUAUCAUCAAGGAAUGCGUACACGCCUGUGACGUUGUUUCCCAACACGCUGAAGUCAAAGCACUAGUCAAUUCAUCGAAAACGUUCGACCUGGUGAUAGUCGAAGUUUUUGGUAGCGAAUGCUUUCUGCCUUUCGGGAAGAGAUUCAAUGCACCCGUCGUGGGUCUACUCUCGAGUGUUCCUCUGCCCUGGCUGAACGAUCAGUUGGGAAAUCCAGAAGAAACCGCCUAUGUACCAGCCUACAUGAUGGGUUAUGGACAACACAUGAACUUAUUUGAACGCUUUAUUAACACCAUAGCAGUGAUAUGGGCUAAGGCGUUUUAUAUGAACAAAUCACAGAUUCCAUCACAGAUUAUCGCUGACAGACUGUUUGGUCAAGGUCCAAGGCUUGAAGCUUUAGCUCAGAACUAUAGCCUUGUAUUAUCCAACAGUCACUUCAGUAUAAACGAAGUAAGGCCAUUAGUACCAGCUCUGGUGGAGGUUGGAGGCUUACAUCUUGACAACACGCAACAGUUACCGAAGGAAUUAAGAAAUCUCCUGGACAAUGCUGACGAAGGAAUAAUAUAUUGGAGUUUCGGUUCAAUGUCUCGUAUCGAAACAAUCCCUUACACACAGCUGAAACAAAUAUUUGCUGCUAUAUCUGAAUUGCCACAGACCGUUCUUGUGAAAAUGAACAAGAAGAUGCUACCGGGGAAUCUGACUGUACCAGACAACAUUUAUGCUAUGGAUUGGAUACCACAGUAUAAGACUUUAUGCCAUCCAAACGUUAUAUUAUUCAUAUCUCACGGUGGUCUACUUGGUACACAAGAGGCUGUGGCGUGCAGUGUUCCUAUACUGAUGGUGCCCUUGUACGCGGAUCAGGCACUAAACGCACGUGCCAUGAGUGACCGAGGAGUCGCUAGAAUUGUGACACUACGAGAAUCAACCACAGAAAUAUGGAGAGAGGCGUUGAGACAGCUCUUGACAAAUACAAGGUACAAACAGAAAGCUAUCGAACUCAGAGAUAAAUUCAUGGACCGGCCUCUACCGCCUCUGGAGACUGGGCUAUACUGGAUCGAAUACGUCAUAAGGCACAGGGGUGCGCAUCACUUACGAUCCCCAGCUCUAGACCUGACUUACGCCGAGUACCACCUGCUGGAUGUGGCAGCCCUAAUCAUAGCCAUCACAGCCACCAUCACAUACAUACUACAUAAGCUAUUCAGAUACCUCUGCACCCGUUGCGUUCGGUGGUGCAAGAAACACACUGUUAUAGAGAAGGGACUCUUUAUAAGGAACAGCAGUUUGUUCCAGUGUUUUCUUUGGUUAUACAAAGUGAAGCCUAAUUAG